AUGAUUCCUAGCACAAAAGUCAACGAAAUGGAUGAUUUGUUCACAAGUGUAUCCGGGGGCGAAGGCCCAAAGAAAACGAAAAUCUCGUCGGCCAUACGAAUUCUGUUGGAAAUGGAUAUUCCACCUCCAUUGGAGUUGUUUGCGAUGGCGUUGAUAAUUCUGUUGGAAAUGGAUAUUCCACCUCCACUGGAGUUGUUUGCGAUGGCGUUGAUGUUAGCGGAUUAG